AUGCCUGAUAUUGAAAGAUGUUUGGAAAUGAUCAAAAACAACAUUGAACCAAGUGAUAUGGAUAUUGCAUACGAAUUAGUGAAAUAUUCUAAAGAAGAGUUGGACAAACACGGAGAACCAUUCACACCUCGAUUAGUUGGAUUUCUUGCUUAUUCAACUUUAUUUCCAGCACAAGUCAACACGUAUACAGUUGCAGCAUCCAUGAUUCUUGAAUGGAUUCGUCAUGAACAUGAUGACAUUGGACAACGAAUUAAAGAAGAAAUCGAUCGUGUACCACCAAUUGGUGAACUUACCAUUGAAUAUUUAAACUCUAUGGAAUUUAUUCAAGCAUGUAUUCAUGAAGUCAUUAGGAUGCGCACUGAUGCUCAAUUAAGUAUGCGAUAUGCUGAAGAAGACAUUCCAUUAUCGAACGAAAAAUAUAUUCCAAAUGGAAAUCUUGUUGCAAAACCUAUGACCCGUGCUGAGGACUUAUUUCUUAAUCCGGAGAAAUUCGAUCCCGAAAGACAUUUACUACCAAGGGAAGAAAAUAAGGCUGAUCUAUAUAGAGUGGCACCAUUUGGACGAGGUAAACAUACUUGUACUGGGGAAAGAUAUGUUAAAAUGCAGAUCAAAGUGUUACUUAUUCAAUUAUCGAGAGCGUGCAAAAUGGAAAUCAUGAAAGAAUCUAUCAAUUUUGAAGCGACAGUCAACAAGAAGCAGUUAUCAGGACUGAGCCGUCCGACAAAACUCGUUUUUGUCAAAGUAUCGAAGAAAGAAUAAUGACAUUAUUAAUCGAGACUCGAGUAAUUUUUAUGCAACUUAUUUAUUUCCUUAUUCAAGAUCGAUAAAUAAAUGAAACAAAAUUCAUUAUUUGAUAUGAUAAUUAUGCUCUGAUAACAUUUAUUUGAGCUAAUUCUUUUGAGACCACACAUUUUAGUAGAAUUUUUUAGCUAUAUUUUGGAUCUUUCUGAACUAGGCGUUCACUGAACCCGAAUGUUUGUGUUCGAGUUCAAUCUUCACUGCAGUCAUUCUUAGUUAGUUAAUAAGAAGAAUCAGAUACUACCAAAAGCAAAAGGAUUUUGAGCUUCGCAACGACAGACCUCAGAUAGUGGAAUAACUGAUCCAAAAUUCAAAGAUCUGGAAAAAUUCUUAAAGUGAGCCAUCUUUAGAAAUACUGUAUUCUGAGCCAGAACAUAGCUAAAAUUAAGGCAGCUUUCACGAUUCCUCAUGUAUCUCAAGAACUGCUUAAGCGAUUAUCCAAGUAAUAGACAUAAAAGGAAGCUGAACUUUUGAGAUCGGUGAUUUCGCUCAUGUUGGUAUGGAAGUUUGUCAUAGUCUAAGAGUUUCGUUUGGGAUUCGCUAUGAUUUUGGCCAAAUGCUUUAUUGAUUCGCUCAUAAUAAAAUCUCUCCAAUUAUAAGGAGAAAUUCUACAUCUUAUGAUCUCUAUUCCAUUUUAUUUCAAAUUAGAGUAGUCUGUCAAACAGAGGCUCAAAUUCACUUGAUUCUUUCAUACAUAUUUGUACUUCGUUCAUGCCAAAGUUUUGAAUAAUUUUCUUGAAUCUGUGAGAUUAAUUGUCAUGAAACUACAUCAGUAGGACAAAUGUUGGAACUAUUGACUGAAGAAUCUAUACUUUUUGCUGGGGCAUAACAUCGACCAAUACGUCAUCCAAAAGUCUUUUGAACAAUGUCGAACUUUGUUAUGCCGUACUGUCCACUACUACAUCAAGAAUUUUUUUUAUUACAACGAACAAUAUUUGAACUACAGAUUUUGUAUCAGACAUAUUUUAUCAGAGGCAACGUGACGAAGAGGGUGUGGCUGUGGCUGUGGGUGUCGGUCUUAGGAUAGAAAAAAAACCCAAUCACACUCACACCCACACCCACACCCUCCCAGAGUUCCCUGAUAUCGUUGGGAUGUUUUAGCUUCUUAGCGCUCGUUUUUGUUAAUCGAUUUUUGAGUUCUCAAUUCCCAAAGAGUUCCCGAACUCUGGGAAUUUGGACACAGCUGAAUGAUCAAGUGUUUUUCUUUUAUAAUUGAUAUAGUGACAUUUCUUGAUUCGUCACCGUCAAUAUAUUGUAUUAGGCCGUAAAUAAAUCAAACACUAUCUGUAUACAAGUCGCUGGACAACGAUUUGAGUGAUUCAGCUUGGUUUAUUGCUGGAUCAAAAUAUCUGUACUCGUUAUGUUUGGCAAAUAAAUCUUCAAUAUGAGCUUCAAUUAAACUUGGUUGGAAAAAUGUAUUUCCUUCCGGUGUCAACAAUGUUCAUAUAUAGUGCUGUCUGUUCUGCUAUUGGCAUCGUUGCUAAGUACGAUGGCUAGAUAUUAAUUCAAUUUGGAUUACACUAAACGAACAAUUCAAACUGAUCUCUUGCAGUUCAACUACAUGCAUCACUAUAAGUUACCUUUUGUUGCUGAGAUGCUUGAUUACUCUUCGUCUGAUGGAUGGACUCAUCAGUUAAGGGAAGAGUAAGAGUGAUAGAAAGAUGGAAAAUGAAUACUCAUAUUCACCACACGGCAACACAUUCACACCCAAAUCCAUUAUCAAGAUAGUUUCAAUUUUAUUUGCAGAUGACGAGAUAAUUUUUCUUCUUAUUUAUCAUUAUCUUUAUUUGUUAGUUGGCAAGUAUCGAAAAGCAAAAUGGUCAAAUCAUAUUAACUUUCACCAGAUAAAAAUUAAAAUACGAUACGAGGAUUUGAGGAAGAUAAGUUAACGGAAAAGUAAAAGAAAGAUGUAUGAAUGAAAAAGGACCGUGCCAAUAACAAAAGGAGGCUACAUAUAUAUUCCAAGUUUAUGUGCCUGAUUCAUUAGAGUAUUGACGACCUAUCAUCAAUGAUCAGAAGUGCAAAGGCAGUGUGCUUGUUUGUUUCUAAACAAAAGGAACAGAUAUGAAAUGAAAUCUAGAUAUCAAAUAAAGCAAUCGAUGUCGAUAGAUAGUAAAGAGAAGAAAUACUAAGAAGAAGAAGCAAUCCACAAUGCCAACUAGAAUAUAAUUGAUGAUUGUCAACAUGACAAGAGUUAUAACAAUG